UCCUACCUCGGUCCAGACAUCCACUCUACCUUAAAAAUUCACCAUGUUCAACCCUCUCGAUCUCUUCAAGUCCAAGGACAACUCCGCCCGUGCUCAGGACCCUACCUGGGACCCUAAGUCCGUGACUAUGGCCCAGCCCACCAGCCCUAAUGCUCCUACCACUGAGCGUGUUGUGAGCGAGCAGCCUGCUCCUCAGGAGGGUAUGCGCAUGGAGCUCCGUGGAGGUGACGAGGCCGGUUUCUGCUGCGGACUUUGCGCCGGUAUUGCCUGCUUCGAGUGCUGCGAGUGCUGCUGUUAGAUGGGACUCGGGAUA